AUGCUGAGUUAUCUUCCAAUUGGUGGUGGUAUGAGAACAGGUUCCAAUCAAAAUCAAAAUCAAAACUCGCGGUGGAGUAUUGGUUUGGUUGUUCUAAUGAUCAGUUUAUCACUAUUCGGGUUUGAUGUGAAAGUGAUCUACUUUAUGUCAAAUUAUUCGUUUUACGUUUGUACCCAGGAACUAAUAAAAUUACGCUAUGAUGAACGAAGAGAGUCAAUCAUGAGAAAACUAGAAACAAAUUCAGAUGAACAUCAAGAAAUCCAAUUAAGAAAUCAAGUAGCUGAAGAACAAUUCAAAAUUACUCAAGAAGAAACAAGAACUAAAAUUUUGAUGAUUUUCGUUUCUGCUGGUAUGUUAAUCGGUGGUAUUCUACUUAAUCUUUGGAUAUUUCGCCACGAUGAUCAAUAA